UGGACGAACAAACAAACAAACAAUAUAGUCAGCAGCAGCUGCUUCAGGAACUAUCGCAAUGUAGCGAAUGCAAUGACAAGAAUAAUGGCAUGUGGACAACAACAACAGUUGAUGACAUUGCAUCAGAGACGAUCAUAUGCAAAGAAGCCAGAGGAGGAUACACGUUCGACAACAGAGAAGUUGACGGAGAAGUUUGAUAUACCAAGAAUCAUCGAUCUCUCGGACGAGCAGUACAAGGUGACCAAGUACCUCAAGAAGGCACAAAAGGCCAUCAAGGAGCGCGAGCUCGCGGAGCCACCCCGCCCCGACAGCAAAUACAAGGGCACGUUCAAGAUGAUAUCAAGCGUGAUCAUCGAGCGCUUCCCCUCGCUCGAGCCACUGCCCACCGAGUAUGAGCAGCUGCACAUGGACCAGGUCGACCGUCUCAACGAGAUCGUCAACCGUGAGCCAAUCUCAAUGGCCGCCAUCCUCGAGGACCUGCCCGAGUUCAGGCCCAAGUCGUCGGCGCUGCAGGACGACGCUGCCAAGAAGGAGGAGGACGCCGUCGAGGAGGACUUUGACAAGUUCGUGCCCGAGUCGCGUCAGACUGAGGACGACCACAACAACAACCGCAAAUCGUUAAACCGUGCGCUGGACAAGUCGCUCUACCUCAUCAUCAAGCGUCGCGAUGGUGAAUGGCAGUUCCCAUCCACCGCCUGGAUCAGUGGCGAGUCGAUGAAGAACGCCGCCGAACGUGCUCUGCGCGAUACCACAGGUACCAAGUGGACCUAUUGGAUUCCAUCACAGGCUCCAUGUGGCGUGCACAAGGAGUAUCUGGAGAAAGAGGAUCAAGAUAUAUUGAAGUCAGAGGGUGUCAAGACAUUCUUCUACCGAUCACAUUACUUUGGAGGCGAUUUGACAUUCAAUGAGAAGUUUGCAAAGGACCAUCUAUGGGUAACAAAGGCAGAGAUGAGCGAGUAUUUCACAGAGGAAUAUAUGAAUCAAUCAUUCAGGCUCAUUUGGGACGAUUGCUACUAUAACUACAUC